GUGCGUCGUUCAGUCUUCGAUUUGAUGCAAAAAGACCAACUCAAAGCAGUUCUUUCCGGGAAAACUGGUGCUGACAAAGUUCAAACAUCAGUGCCAGUGAAAAAGAUCAAUGCGCCACGCUUUACUUUGGAAAACGACACGCACGACUUCCUGAAGUAUUUGGAGGAGUAUGGAUAUGCGGUUGUAGCAAAUGUUGCCAGCUGCGAAGACAUCAAGAAAGCACAGUCGCUGCUUUGGGAUUUCUUGGAGGCACUGCCGGCAACGCGAGUACGGCGGGAUGACGUGAAGAGUUGGGGCGACCCGCGGGAUUGGCUUCCAAAUCCCGGCAACGGCAUCGUGCAUGGUUGGGGCUUUGGACAAUCAGACUUCAUGUGGCAUUUGCGACAGCUACCACGUGUCAAGGAGUCAUUUGCUGCAAUCUGGGGAACUGAUGACUUGCUGGUCUCCUUUGACGGGGGAAACGUCUUUCGACCAUGGAAAUACAAUCCUGACUGGUUAACAAGCGGAGGCUGGUUCCAUUGCGACCAAAACGCGCAUCUUGGCGUCGAGAGUCGAGGUCGCGUCUGCAUUCAAGGCCUGGUGAGCCUGCGGGAGGCGGAUGAGAACACCGGGGGUUUGGUGCUGGUGCCUGGAAGCCAUCGAGAUCACGAGAAUCUUUGCAACCGAAGUAUGCUUGCUCGAAGAACUGGUGACUUCGUCCCAGUUUCCCUCGACGAUCCCAUCCUCCAAGAGGGUGCGGUUCUGGUCGCUGCCAACGCGGGUGACUUGAUACUGUGGGACUCACGCACUGUCCACUGCAACACACCUGCGUUGACUCAGGAGGUGACUGACGACCUGAGCUGUGAGGAUUGUGAGGAUUGGCAGCUAAUUCGUGAAGUGGGAUAUGUGUGUAUGACGCCGCGCAGUUUUGCGUCAACCGACAUCCUCAAAAAACGAAUCGAGGCGUUCGAGCAGAACAUUGGCACCAGCCAUUGGCCCCACAAGUUUGUCGCGGCGGGCUUCGGAGUGCCUGGAAUGCCCCCGAAAGAUCCCCUGUCCAUCUCCCAGGAGCAGCGAUGGCUGAUUGGCUAUGAUCGACAGCGUCGCUUUUGCUGUGUGCAGUAAGUGGCGAGACGCCAGGACCCUUGACCCUUGCAGCAACAUCGUUGGGCUGAUGUACAGUUCUGCCCAGUGGAAAAA